AUGAUCCAACAAUUAAACAAAUGGGAUUGUAUCCUUGAACCAAUUCUCAAAAAUAAUGUUUACAUGUAAAAUACUUAUUAAAUUCUAAGUGCAGGAUUAUAUUUAGCUGACAUUGAUUGUGCAUUAAGCUUAGAUCUUUUACAAUCCUUGUAAAUUGGAGCUUUAUUAAGCGUCAUUGAUGAACCAAAAGUAGAUGCCUCAGCUUAUAUUAUACAUGAAGUAAUUAAUAUUCCAGAUUGCACCUAAUAAAAUAUUUAAGAAUAUUUUCCUUAAACAAAUCAAUUUAUCGAAUAACAUAGAUAACAUACCAAUGUUAUGGUGCAUUGUUUUGCUGGCAUCUCUAGAAGUGCAUCUGUGAUUAUAGCUUAUUUAAUGUUUAAAUUCUAAUGGGGAUUUUAAACAGCAUUAAAUUAUGUCGUUUCAAAAAGACCUUAAGUUAAACCUAACUUUGGUUUUAUCUAGUAAUUAAUCUAAUACGAUAAACAAAAUAAAACAAGAUAGUCUUCAUAGCAGCAUCAACAUCAAGGGUCUAAUCCCAAUAAAAAUGAAAAAAACUUAUCUCAAUCUGAUAGCAAAAGCAACAGAUAAUAAGUACACUCAAAACUGGAUUUAAAUUAAUUAGAUGCUGAAAUAGCUCAAAGAUAGUAGGAGUUAUAACUUCUUAAACUUCAAUAUUAAUAAUUGAAUGAGAAAAUUAUUAGUAGAAAUACAAAAAAUAAGUAAUCUUAAGAGUGA